UAUAUAUAUAUAUAUACAAUGUGUGUGUGUAUUUGUGACUGUAAGUCAUUCCCUUCAAAUGCUAUUUAAAUUAUUGUAUAUUUUGUGUAUGACCCCAUGCACUAGUGAAAUACAUGGCAAUAUUUACAUAUGAUUUAAUAGCUUAUUUUAAUAAAUAUAAGCAAUCUAAAAGGUGUGCAUUAUAGGUGACACCUAGAUGAAUACUUUCAAGUUGGCUUCAUGACCGUACUUCAUUCCCUUCAAAUCCUAUUGAGCUUUAAAUUAUGGUAUAUUUUGUGUAUGAGCCCAUGCAGUAAUAAAAGACAUGGCAAUAUUUAUAUAUGAUUUCAUAGUUUUUUUUUGUUAAAUAUCAAAAAAUCUAAGAGGUGUGCAUUAUAGCCGACACCUAGAUGAACAUUUUACAGUUGGUUAUAUAACUGUAAGUUAUUCCCUUUAAAUGCUAUUGAAGUUAGAAACGUGUUUAACAAUGUUGUAUGCAACUUUAGAGACGGUCCCUUAAAUUCCGCAUAUAUGCGAAUAUCGAACAUUAAAUCAACUUUAUUCCAGUUGUGUUUAUCCGUGAUUCAUGUGUGUGUCAGAUUCUCAGUGUGUAAUAAAAGUUUAUUUCCAGGAUUUCACAUCAACAGUGUGUUAGGAUUACCUACAAAAGGAGGACAAAAUGAACUGUGGCCUGCUGACAAACAAGAAUGAGCCAGGCGCGGGAGCAGUACGAUGAUGCAGUGAGUUCAGGUCAACAGGCCUUUCUGCUGGAGGAGAGUGAGGAUUCUGUGGACGUGUUCAAGAUGAGUGUAGGCUCUCUGUUGCCAAGACAGAGCGCCGCCAUCACCUUCAUCUAUAUCACUGAGCUCAGUGUACAGGCUGACCAUUCACUGCAAUUCUGCCUGCCUGCAGUGCUCAACCCCCGUUACACACUAAACACACACAUCCACCACCACACACCAUACUGUCACAUAUUAAACUAAAGUGAGGUGUUUCAGAUAUUGAAAAAUAUCUGACACACCUCACUGUUACAUCUCAAUGUAAGUAAUCCUGCUGGUCAGGCAUGCACUCAGCUAAAUGGAUAAUCCAUUAGGUAAAUGAAUCCUAUAAUCUGUUUUCCGUUUUAUUUUCAGGUUCAGGUGGUGGUAUAGUGUCAGAGAUAAUAUCAAUUUCCUCUGGUAUU